AGUAGAGUAGCCUAACACGUUAUCAUCUAAACUACUUUACAGUUAUCGAGUCCACCGUCUUUAACUUUCUUUCUUUUUAUACUUCAGAUACUCUUUGGUCUUUUUUUUUUACAUAUUUACUUUUGAUUUCAUUCCGAAGGACGAUUCAUGUUACCAUGGUUACCAAUGACAUCCAAACACAACACGACUCGCAUAGCAGACCGGUGAUGAACUGAUAGUAACUGAUUUGAAGAAGAAACUGUUUAGAGACUGUUGUGAAUAUGUUUAAAACGGACGUGACAUCAGAGAAGUCUAUGGAAGAAGCUGUGGAGAGACGCCGCUCUGCAGAAACAGCACGCAAGGCUCGCAUCUUCAACACCCGACUACGUGUGAUGGGCCUGGACGUAAAUGCUCUGAACCAACAGGUUCAAGAAAAAAGACAACAGCAAAACACGGACAAACAACGAGACAAAACUUUUGAUAUGCUGAGAAAAUGUCAAAAUGAUGCACUACUGUGGCAAGAUUUGAAUGAACAAGAAAAACGAGAAUCUCUGCAUAAGGACCUGACCCAAUACUGGGCCACUGAGCAGCGAGUUGAGGAUUCUCGUGAUGCUGAUUUGAAGUGUGGCCUGAAGGGGGCAUUUGAGCUCAUCAUUCCAGAGGCUGAACUGGGACCUGCCAGUAUGAAAAUAUUUCAGGGAGAAGAUAUUGGAGGGAAUCAAAUGAGGAGAGAACAAAUAAGACAGACAGAAAGAGAUCUGCAAGCACAGAUGGAUGAGAAUAAAAAAAGGCACAUGGGAGACAAGCACAGAGAGCUGCAAGGGAACAGAGAGCUGAUGCAUCAACACGUAGAGGGGGUUCGGCAUGCUGCACUAGAGGAGGAGCGUAAGAAGGCUGCUUGCAUUAUGCUCAGCGGUUUCAAUCAAGCUCUGGCUGCUGAGCGAGCAGAGAACCUUAAGGAGGAACACAGGAGAGAGGAAAGGGAGAAUCUGGCAGAGAUAUGCCAUAUAAUGACAUCAGACAUGAUGACAGAAGGUGCAAGUGUAGCAGAGAAAGGUGUGGGAAGAGAAAGCCCACCACAUGUUCUGCCAGACAGGUGGAAGGGGAUGACCUCUGAGCAGCUAAAGACUAUCCACGAGGAGAGAAAUCAACAGCGCCAUGAGCAACAGAGAAAACUUGAUGCUGCAAAGAUGUUGGAUGCAGCUUGGGACUUCCAGUACCUGAAACUUUCCAGAGAAGCAGAGGAGGAGGAGAAGAGAGUAGCAGCGCUGAGGAGAGAGCAGAGAAUUCAGAUGGACAAGUACAACAAGCAGCUGGCCAUAGAGCAGCAAUUGCAUCAAGAGUACCUGGAUAAGAAGCUGUACACCAACAGACCCACCAAGGACUACUUUCAUCAAUUCAACACCAGCUCCCGCUGAUCGACACGCAUCACCAGCUUGUCUCCAGGCAACUAUGUGCUAAUAUCAUUUCAUGGUUGCAUGCUCAUAAUCGAUGUGAGUGAAUCAUUGGUAAUCAGUAUUUGAUAUUUAUUCAUUUGUGACAAAUAUUGCCUGGUACAAAAAAAGAAAGACCAUUUUGCAACAGAUUGUUCAAGGUACUUUAUUUUUCAGUCAUAUAUCCAGUUACAGUGGUAGUUUCAUAAUGCAGUUAAGCUAUAUUGGCCCCAUCUGUGGUGCAUAUCCACUCAUUUCCUGUCAUGUGAUACAUAUAAGCAUCUCCAUUGUAUUAACGGAGCACCCAACACACCACAAAGAGGCACAUCUCACCCCGGCAGUGGUACAUACGCCCUAACCCUUUCCAUAUCUCUUCAGUUUUAACUUUUGAGAUCUAGAGAAGGUUCUUUUAAACAAUCCAAUCCAUUUUUAAAGGAUUUUUUUCUCUUUUAAUUAUAAAAAGGAAAAGAAAAGAAAAGAAAAACAGCACAAUUGAAAAAAACAAAACCUGUGUCCACUAGGUUUCCCCUUGAAACAUGAAA